CACUUCUCCAAGCUACUGAUCUUAUCAGCAAAGAGAGAUAUGGGAUGAUGAUGAUGAUAAUAAUGAUGAGGAUGAUUAAUAAAAUCAUAAAAGUUGGAGUCUGAAAGAUAACCAAACCCCCCAUUAUUCUACCAACAAAUCUCUUCCAGAAACCCACAUCCAUUAUUUAAUUUUAUUUGCUUAUAUGACGAACUCAAGAAAGUAGUUCAUAAUUUCUAACCAACCCCUCUUUUGGUUCUUACCCAUUCUUAUCUGGGUUCUCUUCAUUUUCAUUCAUGAUACUUUCAUGGUGCUGAACGUGGGUGGUGAUGGAUCUUGAAGCAAGAAACAGUAACAAUCCAAUCAAGAGAGAAUCAUGGAAGACGGUACUGACCUUAGCUUACCAGAGCUUGGGAGUUGUCUAUGGAGAUUUGAGUACUUCCCCAUUAUACGUUUACCAAAGCACAUUUGCAGAAGAUAUUCAACAUUCGGACUCGAAUGAAGAGAUAUAUGGUGUUCUGUCCUUCGUUUUUUGGACACUGACCUUAAUUCCUCUUCUCAAAUACGUUUUCAUAGUUCUCAGAGCAGACGACAAUGGCGAAGGAGGGACUUUCGCUCUCUACUCUUUGCUCUGCCGGCAUGCCCGCGUCAGCACCUUGCCCAAUUGUCAGGUUGCUGACGAGGAACUGUCGGAGUACAAAAACGAUGAGGAUUUUGACGUUCCCGGAAGCAAGGUGAGCGGUUCUGACCGAAUCCGAACCACGUUAGAGAAACAUCGGAUUCUGCAAAAAGUUUUGCUUAUUCUGGCUUUGAUUGGGGCAUGUAUGGUUAUUGGGGAUGGAGUGUUGACACCUGCACUUUCUGUAUUUUCGGCUGUUUCUGGGCUUGAACUAUCCAUGUCCAAAGAACAGCAUCAAUAUGUAGAAGUUCCGGUUGCAUGUGUUAUACUGAUAUUCCUGUUUUGGCUGCAACAUUAUGGGACUCAUAGACUUGGGUUCUUGUUCGCGCCGAUAGUGAUAGUAUGGCUGCUAUGCAUAAGUGCAAUUGGUCUUUAUAAUAUCAUCCAUUGGAACCCUCAUGUUUAUCAAGCAAUCUCUCCUUAUUAUAUGUACAAAUUUAUAAGGAAGACAAAAAGGGGAGGUUGGAUGUCUCUCGGAGGGAUUCUCCUCUGUAUGACAGGUUCGGAAGCAAUGUUUGCUGAUCUUGGACAUUUUUCGCAGUUGUCUAUCAAGAUUGCUUUCACUUCGGUCGUAUACCCUUCUUUGAUACUUGCUUACAUGGGUCAAGCGGCUUACCUUUCGAAGCAUCAUGCCAUGCAGAGUGACUAUCGAAUCGGGUUUUAUGUCUCAGUACCAGAGAAAAUAAGAUGGCCAGUUCUGGGAAUUGCUAUUCUUGCGGCAGUUGUAGGAAGUCAAGCUGUAAUAACCGGGACAUUCUCCAUCAUCAAGCAAUGCUCGGCUUUAGGAUGCUUUCCUAGGGUCAAAAUAAUACACACAUCUUCGAAAUUCCAUGGACAGAUUUAUAUACCCGAAAUCAAUUGGUUGUUGAUGUUAUUGUGCCUGGCUGUUACGAUCGGUUUCAGGAACACAAAACACAUAAGCAACGCCUCCGGUUUGGCAGUCAUAACUGUAAUGCUGGUCACGACUUGCCUCAUGUCGUUGGUCAUCGUUCUGCGAUGGCACAAGAACGUCGGCUUAGCCAUCGCCUUCAUAUUCUUCUUCGGUUUCAUCGAAGCCCUAUACUUCUCGGCUUCGCUCAUCAAGUUCCUCGAAGGUGCAUGGGUCCCCGUUGCUCUUUCGUUCAUUUUCCUCAUCAUCAUGUACGUCUGGCACUAUGGAACGGCCAAAAAAUACGAAUUUGACGUCCAAAACAAGGUAUCCGUUAACUGGCUACUAAGUCUUGGCCCGAAUCUUGGGAUCGUGAGGGUCAAUGGAAUCGGUCUGAUCCAUUCGGAGCUAGUUUCGGGGAUUCCCGGAAUUUUCUCCCAUUUCUUAACGAACCUCCCCGCUUUCCACCAAAUCCUCGUGUUCCUAUGUGUGAAAUACGUGCCCGUCCCCCAUGUGAGGCCAGGAGAACGUUUCCUUAUCGGGAGAAUAGGCCCGAAGGAGUAUAGGAUCUAUAGGUGCAUCGCAAGAUAUGGAUACCGCGACAUUCACACAGACGACGUCGAGUUCGAGAGAGACCUCGUUUGCAGCAUCGCGGAGUUCAUCCGAUCGGAGAAGCCAGAUAUCAGAAGAAAGGAAGAAGAGGACGACGAGGAUGACGAUGGGGGGAAGACAAUGGCGGUGAUAGGAACGUCGUCGAGGCAAGUAGAAGGCGGAAUAAGGAUGUGCGAAGACGAGGGUGAGAGUUAUUGUGCGGAAAUGGCUGAAGGGUUCCGGGCAAGGAGGAGGAAAGUGAGGUUCGUAGUGCCGGAGAGCCCGAUGAUGGUGGAGGGGGCAAUGGAGGAGAUGAGGGAGUUGAUGGAAGCUAGGGAGGCGGGAAUGGCGUUUAUAAUGGGGCAUUGCUAUGUUAAGGCGAAGAGGGGUUCGGGUUUUAUAAAGAGAAUGUCCAUCAAUUAUGGUUAUGAGUUCCUAAGAAGGAACUCUCGAUCUCCAGCUUACGCUUGGAAUAUUCCCAACGCUUCCACUUUAGAGGUGUCGAUGGUGUAUCAUGUCUAGUAUGAUCUCAUCGUCGUGUAGACUCGUAAUUCAGUGAUAAAACACCGAACUCAUUUCAUAUAUAUCUCAACAAGUCCUGUUAAAGGCCAAACACUAUAAGAGGUUUCAAAUUAAACUAGGGCAAGUAUAUAGUAAGUAAUAUACUUUACUUAUGUUAUAUAUGUAAAUGAGGUCCAAAUAUUUUCCUAAGACUAUUCUAUCUCUUUUUACUACAUGCAUGGAAUAGCAAUACUAUCCAUUAAAUUGUCUUAUUAUUUUUACACUCUUAACAAAAUAAUAACAUGGUGAAAACAAAUUUAAAUAAAUAAAUGAAGAUCAAGCAAGGCAGUACUAGUUAGAUUUGCAUCUUUAAAACAUUGUACCUAAUUGCAUACUUUUGUCCCACUAGGCUUAAUGUUUCCUUUUUUGGGUAAUCAUCUAUCACCUUUAUUUAUAAAUAAUAAUAAUAUAUAGUC